UUUUCUGAAACGAGGCCUUCUGCGGAUGCUCUUAUUUUGACGGGACCGGAAGUGGUGUCGGUGGGUUUUCCGUGCUGACCGCGAGGACAGCUGACAGGAUGAACUGUAAUAAAACAGCCUGAAUACGCGCUCUCAGACCGCACGAAUAGACCGACCGUCGCCGCCGAAGCAGCGGUUCUCUCCGGGAGGUUUCCGGGGUUCGAGGUUUUCCUCCGCGGAGUCACGUCGGCUGCUCUUAAUCACUAACGGGAUUUACCGGGGAGGCUCGCGGGAACCAGCCCCCAUCAUCCCCGGGAGGAACAGGCUCUCAAAUUGAUGCAGCCGUGAUCCAUCCCGCCUUCCUGACAGCGACGGGACCGACCGACCGACGGACGGACGGACGGACGGACGCCGAACUCCGGGAUGGAGAACGCGCACACCAAAACCGUGGAGGAGGUUCUGUGUCACUUCAGCGUGAACGAAUCUACGGGUCUGAGCUGCGAGCAGCUGAAGAAGAACCGGGAGCAGUGGGGCCCGAACGAGCUUCCCGCAGAAGAAGGAAAGUCUCUGUGGGAGCUGAUCCUGGAGCAGUUCGAGGACCUGCUGGUCCGGAUCCUGCUGCUCGCCGCCUGCAUCUCCUUUACGCUGGCGUGGUUUGAAGAAGGUGAAGGCACCAUCACAGCCUUCGUGGAACCCUUCGUCAUCCUCCUCAUCCUCAUCGCUAAUGCCAUCGUGGGGGUGUGGCAGGAGCGGAACGCCGAAAACGCCAUUGAGGCUUUGAAGGAGUACGAGCCGGAGAUGGGGAAGGUGUACCGGCAGGACAAGAAGAGCGUCCAGAGGAUCCGAGCCCGGGACAUCGUUCCUGGAGACAUCGUGGAGGUUGCUGUUGGCGAUAAGGUCCCGGCGGACAUCAGGCUGACGUCCAUCCGCUCCACCACCCUCCGAGUGGACCAGUCCAUUCUGACGGGGGAGUCGGUGUCCGUCCUCAAACACACUGACCCCGUCCCGGAUCCCAGAGCGGUGAACCAGGAUAAGAAGAACAUGCUGUUCUCUGGUACCAACAUUGCAGCGGGCCGGGCCAUUGGGGUCGUCAUAGCGACCGGGGUACAGACGGAGAUCGGGAAGAUCCGGGAUGAGAUGGCCUCCACCGACCCGGAGCGGACCCCCCUUCAGCAGAAACUGGAUCAGUUUGGAGAGCAGCUGUCCAAGGUCAUCAGCGUCAUCUGCGUGGCCGUGUGGGCCAUCAACGUGGGCCACUUCAACGACCCGGUCCACGGUGGCAGCUGGCUCAGAGGAGCGGUUUACUACUUCAAAAUCGCCGUGGCGUUGGCUGUCGCCGCCAUUCCUGAAGGUCUGCCGGCGGUCAUCACCACCUGCCUGGCUCUGGGCACCCGGAGGAUGGCCCGGAAGAACGCCAUCGUCCGCAGCCUGCCCUCCGUGGAGACGCUGGGCUGCACCUCCGUGAUCUGCUCGGACAAAACCGGAACGCUGACCACCAACCAGAUGUCUGUGUGCCGGAUGUUCAUAGUAGACAGUGUGUCAGGAGAAACCUGCAGCCUGAACGAGUUCUCCGUGACGGGAUCGACUUACGCCCCUGAAGGGGACGUCUUCAGGGACGGCGCCGCGGUGAAGUGCAGCCGGUAUGAAGGUCUGGUGGAGAUGGCCUCCAUCUGCGCGCUCUGCAACGACUCGUCUCUGGACUACAACGAGUCGAAGGGCGUGUACGAGAAAGUGGGCGAGGCCACGGAGACCGCCCUCUGCUGUCUGGUGGAGAAAAUGAACGUCUUCGACACGGACCUGAGAGGACUGAGCCGCGCCGAGAGGGCCACCGCCUGCUGCUCCGUGAUCAAGCAGCUGAUGAGGAAGGAGCUGACGCUGGAGUUCUCCAGAGACAGGAAGUCCAUGUCCGUCUUCUGUUCCACCAACAAGCUCAGCCGGUCUCCGUCUGGAGCCAAGAUGUUCGUCAAGGGAGCUCCGGAGAGCGUCCUGGAGCGCUGCAGCUACAUCCGCGUCAGAGGCUCCGCCCGCGUGCCCAUGAGCAUGGCGGUGCGGGAGCAGCUGCUGGCCACCGUGCGGGAGUGGAGCUCGGGGAGAGACACGCUGCGCUGCCUCGCCAUGGCGACCAGGGACACGCCCCCCGACAUCAACAGUCUGAACUUGGAGAACUCGGCGGCGUUCGCUGAUUACGAGUCGGACCUGACCUUUGUGGGCUGCGUGGGGAUGCUGGACCCCCCCAGGAAGGAGGUCCUCGGAGCCGUCCGAAUGUGUCGUCAGGCCGGCAUCCGGGUCAUCAUGAUCACAGGUGACAACAAGGGGACGGCGCUGUCCAUCUGCAGGAGGGUGGGCAUCAUCACAGAGCAGGAGGAGGAGCAGGAGGGGGCGGGUUUGAAUGGCGGCCUGACGGGCCGCGAGUUUGACGAACUGCCCCCUCCCCUGCAGCGGCAGGCCUGCCAGACGGCGCGCUGCUUCGCCCGCGUAGAGCCCGCCCACAAGAGCCGCAUCGUGGAGUAUCUGCAGAGUUUGAGUGACAUCACCGCCAUGACGGGCGACGGCGUGAACGACGCUCCGGCGCUGAAGAAGGCAGAGAUCGGCAUCGCCAUGGGGAGUGGGACGGCCGUGGCCAAGUCGGCGUCUGAGAUGAUCCUGGCCGACGACAACUUCUCCACCAUCGUGGCGGCGGUGGAGGAGGGCAGGGCCAUCUACAACAACAUGAAGCAGUUCAUCCGAUACCUGAUCUCCUCCAACAUCGGGGAGGUGGUGUGCAUCUUCCUCACGGCCGCUCUGGGCAUGCCUGAAGCUCUCAUCCCCGUCCAGCUGCUGUGGGUCAACCUGGUGACCGACGGUUUCCCGGCAACCGCUCUGGGCUUCAACCCCCCCGACCUGGACAUCAUGUCGCGGCCCCCCCGCUCCCCCAAAGAGCCGCUGAUCUCCAAGUGGCUGUUCUGCCGUUACCUCAUCAUCGGAUGUUACGUGGGAGGAGCCACAGUCGGAGCUGCUGCCUGGUGGUUCAUGGCGGCUCACGAUGGACCUAAAGUCUCCUUCUACCAGCUGUCUCAUUACCUGCAGUGCAGUGAAGGUCACGCCGAGUUCGCCGGCGUCCAGUGUUCCGUCUUCGAGUCUCCAUACCCCAUGACCAUGGCUCUGUCUGUGCUGGUCACCAUCGAGAUGUGCAACGCCCUGAACAGUCUGUCCGAGAACCAGUCCCUGCUGAAGAUGCCCCCCUGGGCCAACCCCUGGCUGGUGGGGGCCAUCUGCCUGUCCAUGGCUCUGCACUUCCUCAUCCUGUACGUGGACCCUCUGCCGGUGGUCUUCCAGAUCCGGCCCCUCUCCUGGACGCAGUGGGUGGUGGUCCUGAAGCUGUCGCUGCCCGUCAUCCUGAUGGACGAGGCGCUCAAGUUCCUGGCGAGAAACUACAUCGAACCGGGCAGCCAGAUGCAGACCCUGGAGGAGGAGGAGGAGCUGCAGAGGUCGGGCGGGGGCGCCGUCUGCGUCGGGGUGUUGAAGCUGCGCCAGUCGCUGAGGGGCGUGUCCUGGUCGUUUGUGCUGAUCUCGGCGCCGCUGGUGAUUUGGAUCUUCAGUCUGGACUCUGACAUCACCAACAUCUUCUGGGAGUAGAAACGGGAGUCGCUUUGCCAACGGACAAUCAGACAGGAAGUGAAGGUCAGUUUAAGCAGAAGGUCUCCUUGGAGAGGAAGCUCCACCAUUCCCGACGUUCCCGACGUUCCCGUCAGACCGGCAGAUCCUCCUGUGUUUGGCUAAAGUUCAUGAGGAGAUCCAAACCUUAAACCCGAGCACGCCAAACUACUGAAACGCUGAAAAACCUUCAGCUGUUUCCCACAGAAGAUCCAACGUUUUCCUUUCAUUCAUGUCAAUAAAACCAAAACGAAGAAGCGUUUCAGUCCGGCGGCGUUUUCAUCCGACGCCUCCCUGAGACUCCAUCAACAAAUGGCUCGUUUUCAGUCAGAAAACCGGGUCAGCCGGCUGCAGUUCUGAUCCGGUUUAGCUGCUGGAAGCAGAACCUCUCACAGCUCUUAUUCUGAAAAUCUGCUGGGAUUUUGCCGCUUCCUUCCAUCCUGUUUUUGUCCUGCUGAAGUUUGAUGGAUCUCUCCUCAUGGACUUCAGCUGGACGCAGGAGAAACGAUCUGUUGAGAUGUCCGUGACCAACAGGAGCGCCCCCCGGUGGCCGGGUUUGUACGGCGCUGAUCUUUGAAGGGAUUUUUGUUGUUUUUCAGAAUAAAAGCUCAGGUGACUGAACUUUUCCGUUUUAUUUGAACAGAUUGUGAGAGUAUUUUUUAUUUCCAACAAUGUAUCCAAAAACAUCAAAUUCAAUAUUUUUGUUUGUUGACGGGAAGAAUUUCAUUGUUGUAAGAAAAUGUUUGCCUGUUUUCUUUAAUUUUUUGUGCUAUUGCCUAAAAAGUGAAAGAAAUGACGCGAAAAUGUUUCUGUUGCAGUUUGUUUGUUUUGUAUGAAGGCAAACGAUCUUAAGAGCGUUAAAAAGUCCUUUUUUAUUUGUGGUAUUUAUGCGACUCCGGGUCGGUGGCGUCCUCCGUUGAUGUGGCCCGAGGAGGACGAGGCUUUUGGCUCUGACACGACCUGCCUGUUUAAAUAAAGGUUCACUUGAA